AUGACAUUGUUCGAAAGCGUUUCUUUUGCUCUUUUCUUGGUUAUUGUUCAUGCUCAAGAUGAUCAAUCAGGUUUCAUCAGCAUAGAUUGUGGGCUAGCUGAAGGUUCAGAUUAUACCGAUAAUAUAACAGGCAUAAGAUAUGUUUCGGACGCUGGAUUCACGGAAACUGGCAUACGUGGAGAAAUAUCACCCAUCUCACAGACUCUUAGAUACUUUCCUGAUAGCAACCGAAGUUGCUACACUCUUAGACUAAAACAAGGGAAGAAUAAUACGUAUUUAAUAAGAGCCAAGUUCAUGUACGGGAACUAUGACAUCAGAGGCUUUAUCCCAAUAUUCGAUCUCUAUCUUGGAACAGAUCUUUGGGAUACUAUCUAUAAUCAAAUGAGAGUAGUUUACGCCGAAAUUAUACAUGUGCCGUUAAAGGAUUACAUAAAGGUGUGCCUUGUGAGCACAGGUCGUGGAAUUCCAUUCAUUUCGGGAUUAGAAGUGAGGCUUUUGGAUAGCAUCAUGUAUCAAGUACCUCGUCUAACAUCACUCCGUCUCACCGUUAGCGAUAAUUUUGGUUUAUCAGAUCAAGUGAUCAGGUACAAAGACGACAAGUUUGAUCGAAUUUGGAUUCCGUCAAUUCCGCAAGGCUAUAAAGCGGUACAGACUUCAUCUGAUACAGUUCCUUCAGGGGAUUUCGAGAUGCCAUUAAAGGUUAUGAGCACUGCCAUUACACCAAUUAACUCUACAGACAAUAUAGUCUUACAGUGGAUAGUUAAUAUCCCAUCUAUAGUUAGAAUUUACCUGCAUUUUGCUGAAGUUGAAACACUACUAGAAGACAACUUGAGAGAAUUCAACAUUUAUCUGAAUGGGACGGCUCUUGGACCAGUCAUUCCCACAACCCAAGCAAGCACCAUAGUAACAGAGUUAUUUAUAGCCAAUGGCAAUCGGUUUCUUAUGUUAAAUAAAACCCAGAGAUCGACCCUCCCUCCUAUAAUCAACGCGGCAGCGAUUUACAAUCUAAUGCAGUUAAAACAAGAUCAAACAGAAGAAGAGGAUGAUGCUGCAAUAUCUAAUGCUAAAUCAAUUUAUGGACUAAAAAGAAACUGGCAAGGAGAUCCGUGUCUUCCGAAAUCAUAUGUCUGGGAUGGUCUUACAUGUCGCUACAAUGAUACAGCGGCAGCUAGGAUCAUAUCCCUGAACCUUUCCUCUUUUGGAUUAAGUGGAGAGAUAGCAACUGCCUUGGGUAAUCUUACUAUGAUUGAAUCACUGGACUUGUCCUACAACAACUUGAACGGAACUGUACCAGAUUUUCUGGCUAAAUUGAAGAACCUAAGAAUUCUAAACUUACAGGGAAACAAGUUCUCAGGACAACUUCCACCAGAACUUGUUGCAAAGUCAAAGAAUGGAUCUUUGGUGCUUAGAAUUGGAGCAAACAGUGAUGAAGAAAAAAGUUCUUGUAUCGAGGGUUCAUGUAAAAACAAGCGUAGCAAACCUCAUAUUGGAGUGCUAGUCACAAUUAGUGUAUUGGCACUACUGGUUGUGUUUGCGACCACAUGGACAGUAAAAAAAUGCAGAACAAAAGAUUUGGGCACAAACGAGGAACGUCUUAGAACGAGAUAUCAAAAGUUAAAGUAUUCUAAAGUGGCGAGAAUCACUAACAGCUUUGAGACUGAAAUUGGGAAAGGAGGAUCUGGGAAGGUGUUCCUUGGAUUAAUUGGGGGUAAGCAGGUUGCUGUGAAGAUACUUUCUGGAUCACCAAACCAAGGAAAUAAGGAAUUUCGGGAUGAGGUCAAGUUUCUGAUGGAUGUUCGUCAUAAAAACAUAACUUCACUCAUUGGGUACUGCGACGACAUAAACCACAAGGCAAUUAUAUACGAGUAUAUGGCCUGCGGGAACUUAGAAAAACAUCUAUUUGAUGGAAUCCCAAAUGUCUUGCCAUGGGGAAGAAGGUUACAAAUAGGAUGUGAUGUAGCAGAAGGUUUAGCAUACAUGCAUCAUGGCUGCACGCCACCGAUACUCCACAGAGAUAUAAAGUCUUCAAACAUAUUAUUGAAUGAAGGCUUCCAAGCCAAGGUGGCUGGUUUUGGGCUGUCAAGAGCUUUUAAAACUGAAAAUGCUGAUGGGUACCUUGACCCGGAGUAUCAUUCAACAAACAAGUUGACGGAGAAAAGUGACGUGUACAGUUUCGGCGUAGUACUUUUGGAGUUAAUUACAGGAAAACCAGCAAUAUUAGAGGGCAUAAACACAGUAGGCAUAAACAUCGCUGAAGAAAAAACCGUGGAGGAUAUAAUUGAUCCUAGAUUAGAGGGGUUGUUUGACAUCGAAAUAGCCUGGAAGGUAUUUGAAUUGGCAAGGGUAUGUGUUUCCCCCAAAUCCAAUGAAAGGCCAUCCAUGAAUGAGGUGGUGAUAGAUCUCAAUCAAUGGUUGCAAGCAGAGAGAAGUGUAAGCAUACCCUUAAACAUGGAAAGCAUGAGUACUUCCUUGAUGGCGGAGUCUUAGAACAAUCAUUUGUCAAAUGUCUUCAUGUAAAAACACUGUUAAAGCUGUCGAGCAUUAAAUUCUCUGCAGUUGUUUUUUGUUUUUGUAAUAUAU